AUGGGACGAAAAGAUAGAAAGAGGACGUCGUCGAUGGAUGAGGAUAAGGAGAACGACAGACUCUAUCGAAAAAUUCGUAGACUAGAGGAGAAAUUGCAUCGAAGGAAGGAUGAUCAGCGUAAAAGUUCGGGGUCGCGUAGUCGCUCACGCCAUCGCCAUAGUUCGAGACACUCGCUGGAUCGUGAGAUACCUCGAGUUUUUGGUAGAUCACGCUCUAGUUCUCGAUACACAUCGAGACAGUCGUCUGUUUCUCGGUCAACAAAAUCGAGUCAAUCAUCGUGUAUCUGUGAGAUACCGGUUUCGAGGACCGAGAAGGACAGCGAGAUUAAAGAAUCAUCGGCGGUCGAGACGGCAGAAGUUCCCGAACAUGAAGUAGAGUUACAAGAGGAAAUUUUGAACGUGUUUGGGACGCGCCUCGAGGCAGAUAAGAAAACCGCCGCUGCGGUGCACAAGGACGUAGCUCUCCGGUGGUCGGAGGUUUUGAAAAAAGGUCUGCCGGAAGAGGAGGUCAAGGCUCUGUUGGUACAAGAAGGCGUUAUUAAAAGAGAUCACCGUAUUGUUGAGAAGCAAGAACGCAUCGCCGCAUGUCUAGCAGCGUUGGGUAAAGCGAUCUCGAUAUCAUUGAAGUUGGACAGUUCUCAGAAACUUGAGUUGCUGGAAAAAUUAAGCGAUAUGGGGAGACUUCUCGCAUCGGUGCACCGAGAGGAUUCUCUGGUUCGUAAAGGGCUUAUUCUAGCGAGUUUGAAUUCGUCCUUGAAGAACACUCUCUCCGACACUUCGGUCGAUGAGUGGCUUUUUGGUACGGAUUUAGAAGAAAAAAUAAAGACGGCUAAGAAUUUGGAACGAACAUCAAAGGAUUUGAGACCUGUAAGAAAACUUCCGCAACAGAGUAAUGCACAAAAGAAGACAAAAAACUGGAAGGGCCCGCCACGUCAACCGACGUUCAACAAAUAUCUAACGACGUCGAACGGGCGUCAUCAUGCAGCAUCCAACAAGACGGAGACAAAGAAGUCUGCAUACCGCAAAGGAUCGAGUCAUCAAUACAGGGGACGUCGUUAAUCUCAUCGGAAGAUGUAGGUAAACCAGCAGGGCGGUUAAGAUUAUUUGGUAAGGCUUGGUCAAAGGUAACCAAAGACUCGAUGAUCCAUAAAUGGGUUCAGGGUUUUGUGAUACCCUUCACGUCGUAUCCGAGACAAGACCGGCCUCCGGUCGAACCCACAUGGUCCAACCACGAACAUGGUUUAA